AUGUAUGUGAGAUACCUUAACAUCAUGGAAAGAAGAAACCAAACAGUGGUUUCAGAAUUCCUUCUCCUGGGACUGACAGAUGACCCAGCACUGCAGCCCCUCAUCUUCAGCCUGUUCCUGACCAUGUACUUGGUCACCAUCCUGGGAAACCUGCUCAUCAUCCUGGCCAUCAGCUCUAACUCCCAUCUCCACAUGCCCAUGUAUUUCUUCCUCUCUAAUCUGUCCUUUAAUGACAUCUGUUUCAGUUCAACUACAAUUCCAAAGAUGCUGGUCAACAUCCUAACAGAUGUUCAAAGCUCCACAUACACAGCCUGCCUCUCCCAGGUCUGCUUUGUCUUCAUUUUUGGCGGUUUAGAAAAUUGCCUCCUUGCAGUGAUGGCCUAUGACCGUUAUGUGGCCAUUUGUUACCCCCUGAGGUACACAGUCAUCAUGAAUCCCCGACUGUGCAUCCUGUUAGUUCUGAUCUCUAUGCUCCUCAGUACAGUGGAUGCCCUCCUCCACACUCUGAUGGCACUGCGUCUGUCCUUCUGCACAAGCCCAGAGAUCCCCCACUUCUUCUGUGAACUUGCUCAGAUCAUCAAAGUGGCCUGUUCUGAUACCCUCAUCAAUAACCUGCUGGUAUAUUUGGUGAUGGAUAUAUUUGCUGCUGUUCCUCUCUCUGGAAUCAUCUUCUCUUACAUUUGCAUUGUCUCCUCUGUCUUGAAAAUACCCUCAUCAGAAGGAAAGUAUAAAGCCUUUUCCACUUGUGGGUCUCACCUAUUGGUUGUUACCUUGUACUAUGGGACAGGUUUUGGGGUGUACAUUAGCUCUGAAGUGACUGAUUCCCCCAGGAAGACGGCAGUGGCUUCAGUGAUGUACUCUGUGGUCCCUCAGAUGCUGAAUCCCUUUAUCUACAGCCUGAGGAACAGGGACAUGAAGAGAGCUUUGAGGAAACUCAUAGAUAGAAUAACUUGUCCUCUAUAA